GGGCUUUCUCUUUCAUUAUUCUGAUGUACCAGGUGUCCUGUCAAUGAUCUGUUUUACUAGAAACAAAAGGACAAUUGAGAUUGUUUUCGUUUUUUUGGCUACAAUGGCAUAAUGCCAUUCUGGAGCAACAUGCACAGAGCAUCAACAACAUAUGGACAUGUGAUUUAUAAAAGGAAAUAAUUAUGAAUAACUGAAGAUAUCUAGUGAUUGGGGGUCCUUGCUUAACAAUUUGUAAAGUAUUUAACAAGGCAGAAGAGCCUCAGCCUGAAACGUUAAUUAUUAAUCAACAUGAACCGUGCUUUUAGCAGGAAAAAAGAUAAAUCGUGGAUGCAUACUCCAGAAGCAUUAUCAAAACACUUCAUUGCUUACAAUGUUAAAUUCCUUGGAAACACUGAGGUGGAACAGCCUAAAGGUACAGAAGUUGUAAGAGAUGCAGUAAGAAAACUUAAGUUUGCUAGACACAUAAAGAAAUCUGAAGGUCAGAAGACACCAAAAGUUGAACUUCAAAUAUCAAUCUAUGGUGUAAAAAUUCUAGAACCAAAAACAAAGGAAACCCUGCACAAUUGUCAGUUACACAGAAUAUCAUUUUGUGCCGACGAUAAAACAGACAAGAGGAUAUUUACGUUUAUAUGCAAAGAUACAGAGUCAAAUAAGCACUUAUGUUACGUAUUUGAUAGCGAAAAGUGUGCAGAAGAGAUAACAUUAACCAUUGGACAAGCUUUUGAUUUAGCCUACAGAAAAUUUCUGGAGUCUGGAGGAAAAGAUGUUGAAUCAAGAAAACAAAUAGCAGGUUUGCAAAAAAGGAUUCAGGAGUUAGAGACAGAGAACACAGAACUGAAAUUUAAGGUGCAAGAUUUGGAAAACCAGUUAAGAAUAAGUGAUUUAACGUUGUCACCUGCAGGCAGUGUGACACCUAAAUCAUCCUCCACUGACAUCUUUGAUAUGGUUCCCUUUACCUCCAUCCCACCGGAGACAACAACCCCUACAAGGAAUGGCACACAGCCACCUCCAGUACCCAGCAGGUCAACAGAUAUCAAAAAGGAUCUUUUUGGAGCUGAACCAUUUGAUCCUUUUUGCUGUGCAGUGAGUGAAUAUCCUCCAGAAAUACAGUCCAAACUGGAUGAGAUGCAGGAGGGGUUCAAAAUGGGACUAACAGUUGAAGGGACGGUGUUUUGUCUUGACCCACUUGACAGCAAAAGCUGAUACCACCAACACCAUCGAUAUAAUCCUCACAUCCUUACAGUGACUGGUUAUUUUGGUUGUAUUACCGAUGUGCCAAAAGUUAAAAAAGGUUUUCCUCUCUCAACUUUUUAUUAGCCACUAUAUUUGUAAAUUACAGAAAAGGCAUCUUCUACAAUCAAAGUGAAUCUCUCAAUCCUAAAAAUGUAUCUGAAGUAGUCCAUUGAGCAACACCCGGCAAUCUAAUUUUACCCAAUAAUUAAUCUUACCCAGCACAAAGGAGCAUAAUGAUUCAAGGGUCAUGAAAUAAUCUUGGAAAACAACCUUCAUCAAAUAAUACAUUUUGAGGGUUGGAAGUAUCACUUUAAUUUGAUAUUAAAGUGGAACAGUAUUUUUAUAAAAAAAAGUAUUGACCUUCAAUCUAUGCAGAAUUCUAAAGCUGAAUGCAAAGGUUAUCACAACAUUUACAUUUACAGUUUUUUUCACACUACAAUAUUAUUUGCCCGAAAUCACCAUUUAUCAACAAACCAAGAUACAUUAUAAAUAAAAACAUUUGUACUGAGUAAGCAGAGCUUAUUCCGAUGUAACGUAUACAUUUUAUAAAAAAGAAAUGUCCUUGUUGUUUACUUAUUAGUUGUCUUUUUUAGGUCAUUGCAUAUAGAAAACAUUUUCAGAUAUUUUUAUAAGAAAUCAAAUAAUUCAUCAUUCUCUAAACUAGGUGCUUGCAGUGCAUUGUACAUUUGAGCUCUCAAGUACAGCUAGUUACAAAUGUAUUGGGAUUAAGUAUUGAUAAAGUUAUGGAGAUACAAAAGUAUAAAGUGUGUGCACACACAUUUUUUAUUUACUUUGGUCUUUGUUUUAAUUUGUAUAAACACAAGUAUUUAUAUAUAUAUUUGAACAGCCAUACUUAUUUGGUUAAAGGGAUAGGAGAGUCAAAAUGAAACUUGCAUGAUUCAGACAGAGCAUGCCAUUUUAUGACACUUUGAAAUUCACUUCUAUUUUCAAAUCUGCUUCGUUCUCUUGGUAUCCCUUGUUGAAAAAGAAUACACAUAUAUCCUACACUAGUGGGAACUAGCUGCUGAUUGGUGUCUGCACACAUUUGUCUCUUGUGAUUGGCGAACUAGGUGUGUUGAGCUAGCUGCCAGUAGUCCUUCAGAAAAGGACAACAAGAUAAUUAAAGGGACAGUCUAGUCAAAAUUAAACUUUCAUUGUUCAGAUAGGACUUUUAAUUUUAAUCAACUUUCCAAAUUACUUUUAUCAUCAAAUUAGCUUUUUUCUCUUAGUAUUCUUAGUUGAAACUAAACCUUGGCAGACUCAUGCUAAUUUCUAAACUCUUUAGGGCUGCCUCUUAUCAAAGGCUUUUUAUAUUCCUUUUCAACACAAAGAGACUAAAAGUACACGUGGGCCAUAUAGAUAACACUGUGUACAGGCACAGGGAGUUAUUUAAGAUUUAGCCUAAAACAAUGCUAACUGCAAGACAAUAGAUAACAAACAGUUACAGUCAUGUGAUCAGGGGGCUGGAAGAAGGUUCCUAGAUAUAAGGUAAUCACAGAGGUAAAAAGUAUAUUAAUAUAACUGUGUAGGUUGUGCAAAACUGGGGAAUGGGUAAUAAAGGGAUUAUCUAUCUUUUAAAACAAUAACAAUUCUAUGGUAGACUUUCCCAAAUUUGUUAAUAAAAGUUAAUUGGAAAGUUGUUUAAAAUUAUAUGUUCUAUCAAAAUCAUGAAAGAAAAUUUUGGAUUUUACUGUUCUUUUUUAAAAAAAAAAAAAUCUAAAGAAACUCUAGGGGUGUUAUGAUACAUAUUCUGGGACAUGCUGGAAUAUAUUUGUAAUUAUAACAUCUUUCCCUUGUGUUUUAGUAGUUUAUAUAAUAACAAAUAAAUAAUAACCUAUAAACAAUUAAGCAUUCCAUCUCAUAGUUGCGAAACAAUGUUGAUCUAAAAGGUUCUCUCAUUAAGGACCAAUACAUUUGACAUUACAUAUAUUCUGGAAAAUAUGUAAUACAUAUAAAUAAUCUAUCAACUAUCCUGUUGGGAGACUAGUAAUUAUUCCUUUUUCCAAUAGUGGGGUCAAUCACAAAUCUGUGAUUUAAUAAUUUUUGACAGAAACACCAUCAACGUCUAUGGAGAUUGAAUUACCAGAACUAUACUGCAAAUCUUAAAAUGUAUUUCAAUCUUUGAGUACUUUUAGGAUGGAUUCAUUUAGUCCAAUAGCCUCUUUUUUAAAGUACAGGGAAAUAAAAAUCCAUAUUUUAAAAGAACAUGGAACAAAAUGAUAAAGUAAAGAUGCGCUGAUGAAACCAUAACAUAACAUAGCACUGAAAGUGGGAGGGAUAUUAUACAGGGGUCAAGUCCUACAAAAAAAGUGUGGGAACUCACCAAGACUUCCACCCCCUCACAAUUAAUAUUGAUUUUAUAUAUAUAUAAAUAUAUAUAUAUAUAUAUAUAUAUAUAUACAUACAUAUAUAUACAUAUAUAUAUAUAUAUAUAUAUAUAUAUAUACAUACACUGUAUUUUUAUGUAUAUAAUCUAUACACUUUGGUUAAUGAAAGCAAAUUAAAUCCAAUGAAGUGCUUAAUGGUUGUCUUUGGGCCUGAGAAUCCCCCUCUGUCACAGAGUAUCACCCACUAAAGGUGCAAUAGUCCUAUUUCUGCAGAGGGGAGCUAAAUAAUCCCAGAGCAAGCCACACAGAAAUGUAAGCACCGUGUGUUCUACACAGUACAGGGUUAUCACACAGCAGGACCCCUGACAGUCUUACAUUUAGUGUAUUGUAGAAAGUGUUACUGCCCAUUACUAGAGGAUCUCACUAUCCCUCUAACCAGACUUUGCUUCAGCUGCUCCUACCAGCAGCAGCAGUGUUUACGGAAGCUUUUCUGUUCUCUGUCCAGAGGGAUCUUAGUUCCUCCUUCAAAAAUAGUACAGGAACUCCGUUCCCAAUGCGUUCCUGUUCGACUUGACCCCUGAUAAAAAGAUAUAUAGAUAUAGAUAUAUUAGAUGUGGGCAUUCGGCAGCUUAGUACUUUUUGAAACUGAAUAUCCUCUUGUGCAAGUGAAACAGAUCUUAGUGUUUUUCACUUGCACAAGAGGAUAUUCGGCUCUGAAAAUAGCCUCCUACUUCCACAUUCAGCAGUGAACAAGACUAUGCACACAUCAAAUAUAUGUGUUUUACUUGUUUCAAAAUAAAUUAAUAUGAUUUUAAAUAUACACACAUAUACAUUAAGUUUCAAUUUUAUUAUACCAGUGGGCAUUUAUCUUAUAAUAAUAUCAAUAAAAGGAGCAGAACAGCUUUUAUUUAAACAUCGUAUUGUCAAAAGCAACAUAUCAGACCUGUUUAGUCUUUAAAUGGACAGUGAACACCUUAAAGAUUUUUAUAUUAAAUAUUAAGUUAUGCAUAAUAAAUCAACUUUGCAAUAUAUUUUUUAUUAUUUCUUUUACUCCCUUUUGAUGUAAUUUAAACUGAAAAUGCACACUGCAGACUUAUCAAGACUCACCCUGUUUGGCUUUUUGCAGAUAACUGCAAAACAAUGCAAAAAAUAUUGGUAAUUAAAUAAAAUGUUUGAUUUAGAGAAAGUUUGUAAUUAACAUGCAUAAGCUAUUUUGCUUCUUAAGCUGCUAAAAGUUGGAAGAAACUUGCAUUUCUUUAACAGCAUAUGAAUACGGACGUAAUACCCAUUACUUAUACAGAUAAUGGGCUCCAUGUACGAAGCAGUGAAAGCUGCUCCGGAGCCUUUGCGGGGCAGGUUCGCAUAUUCGAGCCUGCUUCCCGCAAUGUAAGAAGCAGCGGUCAUUAGAUGGUAUGUCACUAAAUCUUCCCUCUUCCUUUACCACCGCAGUUUAUUAGGUUAUGCAGACACCAGAAGGGAAGUCUCACAUACUACUCUGUGAGAUUAAAGGGACUUGAAAACACAAACAUUUUCUUUCAUGAUUUAGGUAGAACAUACAAUUUUAAACAACUUUCCAAUUUACUUCUAAUAUUAAAUUUGCUUCAUCCUUUUGGUAUCAUGUGUUGAAGGAGCAGCAAUGCAUUACUGUUUUCUAACUGAAAAAAUGGGUGAGCCAAUGACAAUUGGUAUUUAUAUGCAGCCACUAUUCAGCAGCUAGAACCUAGGUUUGUUGCUGCUCCGGAGCUUUCCUAGAUAAACUUUUCAGCAAAGAAUAACAAGAGGAUAAAGCAAAUUAAAUGAGAGAAGUAAAUUGGAAAGUUAUUUAAAAUUGUAUCUCUAUCUCAUAUAUUAUUAAAGACAUUUUUGGGAUUUCAUUUCCCAUUAAAUUUAAAUGAAACCAAUGGCCCAGUGAAGCAGUAUUACUGAUAAAGACAAUUCCCACAGCUAUGUUGGAAAACGAGGAAUACACCUCUAGAAGACUGACAAAAACAUAUGUAGUUACUUCUCCAGAGCAAGAAUAAAAUGUUUUAUAAAAUAUUUACAAUCACUUAGUGCCAUACCCGACAGACAACAUUUAGUAUAAGCACAGGACUAUACCAUAAAACUAAAAAUAGACUACUUAAACACUCUUAAUUUCCUAUCUAAUUAUGAGAAAAGUUCUCUCAUUUUUUUUUUAACAAACUAAAAAAUAUGACUUCACUAAGUUCAGAUCAUACAUAUACUCGUUUAACAAUGUUUUGCAUUUGCCUUUCAUUUAUUUCUCUUUACAAUCUGUCUACCAUUUAGAAAGUUGUUAUUAUUAUUAUCGGUUAUUUGUAGAGCGCCAACAGAUUCCGCAGCGCUAAAGUUAUAUAUUACACAAAGGAAAUUCUUUAUCAUUUUUAUCAUACAGUAUUUUAGAAUUUGUAUAAUAAUGAUGUUUAGGUAGCCAUACAAAUGGCUUUUUUUUUACAAAUAGAAUAUGUAUUUUUACUGUACUUAAAGGAAGCUUUGCAUAAUAUGCAUUUGUGUUUAGUGCCCUUUUAUUAGCAAUUGCAACACAGCACUAUAUACAUAAUUUGCACAUGUUAACAUAUUUCUGUGCUGUUUUUAAUGUUAACCAAUUUGGCCAGUAUUGAGGUAAUAGAUCAUGAAAUACAUAAGGACAGGGGCAGACAAGAUAGGCCAAGGGAUUUGUUUUUAUCUCCAAGAAAAUCAUAUUUCACAUCAUAUGUAUUGCUAAUAAAAAUGUUUCAGCGUCUGUCAAUUUUCAGACCGUACAUACUUGGUUUGUAUGUACGCUCAGAUGUGUUUGUCCAAUUUUGCCUCAAAUAAAUGAUGAUUUUAGGAAAA